CUUCCCUCUUCUUCCCUUCCUUCCUCCGCCACGUCGCCAGUUUCCCUGCCCGUCCGUUCCCCAGUCCGUCCAAUUCCCCAUUCCUCAUCAUGGCGGGCCUGUUCAAGAACGUCUUUGGCGGUUCCCAGCCCUCGAACCCAGCCAAGGUUGACGAUGACUUCGCCGACUUCGUCGAAGCCCCGGAGCCCUCCCCGGCCUCCCUCGUCGCCGGGUCCUCAUCCAUCCCAGCCGUGAACACCCAAGGCGUCACCCCAGUCCCUUACACCAAAUGGUACCGGGUAUGGGAGCGGACCUCGCCGCGAGACUUCAUGCAAGAAGCGACUGUGAUGCCCAUCAUCCUCCUAAUCAUCCUCUUCCACUUCUGGGGCACGCGCAAGAACCGCCGCAAGGCGCGCGACUGGGCGCAAGCUCACACCUCCGCUCUGCAAAGCGAGUUCGCCGUUGUGGGUUUCGACGGCCCCAGCAGCAGCAACAGUGAAGGACAACCCGACCCCGAGUCUCUCCUCAAGGAACGCUCCGCUCAGGAAUUCGCCUCUUACGCGACCGGUCGUCAGAACGUGGCGUUCGUGGACGUGGCCAUUAAGCUCCCCAAGCGGUACAACCCCGUCACUUUCUGGACGGAGACUGUCCUGGGCUUCUUGUUUGAGAGCUGGUCCCCCCCGACGGAAACCUACGAGGCUACUGCGUACACCUUUGAUGGAAAGGAGAAGGACGUUGUCCCGCUCCCGGCCAACGAUCGCUCUUCCCUGAAGGUCAACAACUCGACCUACGAUGGAUUCAUCUGGGCUGUUGUGCACAAGAACUACAUGCGGAAGUUCCGUCAGGACCGCUACGACGCCAGCAUCACUUUCACCAGGGAUAACAACAAGUUGCCUAACUGGGUUACGGUUAUGACGGAGAGUGCGGAGAUCACGGAUGCUUUGCUCACGAAUGAGCUGGCCCAGGCUAUUGAGAAGGCCGGCAAUGACUUCAAGUACUUGAUUGUUACUGACCAGCCUGUUGAUAAGCCCAUGAAAAUCGAGGAAACCACCCCCCGCAAGCGCAUUGAACUGUCCGUCACUCUCCCCAGCAGCGCCGAAGGCUACAGCACCACCCUGCCGCUCUUCACGCAGUUCCUCCGUUUCGCCGACCGUCUCGUCGGCUCUGCCCACUUCCGCCCCGAAGUGAUGCGCAAGGUGCGCAGCACUCGCGACGAGGAGAUCAAGAAGCUGCGUCGUGCGGAUGAGGAGGAGAAGGCCGAGGAGCGCCGACUCGCCGCCGAGAAGGUCAAGAAGGAGGACAGGGAACGUCUCCUUCGUGGUAUGUCUGCCGAUGAGCAGAAGAAGUACCUGGAGCGUGAGCAGCAGAAGGAGCACCGUCGGAUGAUGAAGAAGAGUACGCGUAGGGGGUGAUUUCUGUUCUGUUCUCUUUCAUUUAUUGAACGAACUGUGGAUUAGGGGAACGUGGACAUCGGCUAUCGAAGUCCCUGCUCAAGUUAUGGUUUGGUGGUGAGGCUGUUCGUUCGUUGUAUAUCUUCAUGUACAAUGUAUUCGUAAUUUUUUUUUUCUUAUUUGGAUGAUGAUCUGGGAUGAUGGGGCUGGAUUUGGUUGGAGCGAUGCCGUGGGGUCAGUCGUGUUCUUGACUGGCUGCAGUGGUUUAAUUGAUCUACUAAUGUAUGUUGAUGGCAUG